AUGGUGUUCAUUUACCCAACUGAUGCCAAUGUAAUCCAGGCUGGCAAAGUAAUCCCUGGUACUAUUAUCCAGCCUGAAAUGGCAACACAAUACACCAGCCAGCUUUUUGGCAGCUUGAACAACCAUCCUAAACAGAACCCUCAGUUGGGCUUAUGGGAAGAACUUCGCAAAGUAGAGAGCAGGACUCUGGGGGCUGUCCAGAUCAUAAUUGGACUGAUACAUAUUGGCUUUGGCAGUGUUUCAACUGUUCUUUGGGAUGCAUACCCACAUUACACCCCUUUGGCCACUUAUGGAGCUUACCCAUUCUGGGGUGGAAUAUUUUUCAUUGCUUCUGGAUCCCUUUCGGUGUCAGCUGAGAAACUUUGGAACACCUGCUUGACGCUGGCGGCGCAAAGCAGGAGUGGCGCGACGGCUCCCGCUCGAGGAGAGCCUGGACACUCCACCAGCCAUCCUGGCCGGUCCCGGCGCCUGGGGGGUGGCCGCAGCAACGUUGCCCUGCACCGCCGAGGAGGAGAGAGAGGGAAGCUCACAGGUGCCCUGGCGAUGUCCUUAGGCUUUGGUCUUGGUCUCAUUCUUCUCGUAUUCAGUUUGCUGGAGUUUUGCAUCACUACUUCAACUGCUCAUUUUGGAUGCCAGGCAGCCUGCUGCACAAACGACAUGACCGUAGUUGUUGUGCCCUACACCCUCAUCAGAAACGGCGAGAUUCCUGCUGAAGACACCCCUGCUGAGGCCCAUGACAAUGUGGCUUUCUGUCCCUGA